ACCAAGCUGCACAUUGUGACCGAUAGUCAGGUGGGCGGGGUGAAACGCCUGGAUUAAACCUAUUCAAGAGAAUCACUGCGGUAAGAACCACAUUGGUGCGAGUUGGUUUGUUUUGUUCCCGAAGACCCGUUUGCGUUUAUUGUUGUGAUCCCAAAACAUCCAAGAGGAAAGUAUGUAUUGCAGGAACGUGUGCUGCCACCGCUGGACAUGUGAUGAGCGCUUGGACGGGAAAACUGUUAUCAUCACCGGAGCCAACACUGGCAUCGGUAGAGAGACCACCAGAGAUCUGGCGAGGAGAGGGGCAAGGGUCGUCAUGGCGUGCAGAGACAUGGAGAGGGCGGAAGAGUCCAAGGAAGAUAUUCUGGCAGACACCGGCAAUGAGAACAUCACCAUCCGUCGACUGGAUCUCUCCGACACCAAGUCCAUCAGAGCCUUCGCUGAGGUCACUAAUCGAGAGGAGAAGCAGGUGGACAUCCUCAUCAACAAUGCAGGCAUCAUGAUGUGUCCUUACUCUAAGACAACAGAUGGCUUUGAGAUGCAGCUGGGAGUCAACCAUCUGGGUCACUUCCUGUUGACCUACCUGCUCCUGGACCUGCUGAAGCGCUCGGCCCCGUCCCGGGUGGUGGUGGUGGCGUCGGUGGCCCACACCUGGACGGGUCUCAACCUGGAGGACAUCAACAGCGAGAGGAGCUACGACACCAUGAAGGCCUACGGGCAGAGCAAGCUGGCCAACGUGCUCUUCACCCGCUCCCUGGCCGCGCGCUUACAAGGUACCGGUGUGAGUGUGUUCUCUCUGCACCCUGGGGUGGUGCAGUCGGACCUGUGGCGACAUCAGCACCGGUGCAUCCAGGUGGCGGUGAAGCUCUUUGGCUGGUUCACCAAGACCCCCCUGGAGGGGGCCCAGACCACGCUGUACUGUGCCCUGGAGCCAGGCCUGGAGGGCCAGAGCGGGGGCUACUUCAGGUACACGCACACUUACACGUGCACACAAGCAUGCACACAAGCAUGCACACACGUAAACACACACAAAUAUAUUGAUGCGCACACACACACACACACACACACACACACACACACACACACACACACACACACACACACACACACACACACACACACACACACACACACACACACACACACACACACACACACACACACACACACACACACACCCCCCCCCCUUGGAAAAACUGGAAUGGGACCUUGUAAUUUAACACUUGGAUGCACCUUGGCCAAUCAGUGGCUGUUCCUCUAUCCCGGCCGAAUACAAUAGUAAAUUACCUCACUCAUACCACCCAAAAGUGGAACCUGAGAUAGCCUCUCUUGGCUUUCAUCAAUGGCCUUGAUGUCAGUGUCGGAUGGUUGUUUUCAUCGUUGUUGGUGUCAUUGUAGUUGUGGUUUUUUAAUUUUGUUUUGAAGUCAGAUUUGUUUUAGAUGAAAGGGUUGUUGUUGUUGCUGAGCAGAAGUUUGUCAUUGACAUUGUGUGUGUGUGUGUGUGUGUGUGUGUGUGUGUGUGUGUGUGUGUGUGUGUGUGUGUGUGUGUGUGUGUGUGUGUGUGUGUGUGUGUGUGUGUGUGUGUGUGUGUGUGUGUGUGUGUGUGUGUGUGUGUGUGUGUGUGUGUGUCUGUGUCUGUGUCUGUGUCUGUGUCUGUGUGUGUGUGUGUGUGUGUGUGUGUGUGUCU